AUGCUGAAGUAUUUCUUAUACGCCAUCAUUGCUUUGGAUCUUUGGGAGUCCCAUGCUCAGGGACAGCACUUUUCGCAACUCCAAAGUCCAGUGGCCCUUCCGCAACCAACGCUAAUUGAUCAGAUUGCUGCACACCAGCAGCAAUGGUUCACAUACACUUCCAUAAAAGAAGCUGAAACUCAGAAGAAAAUCGACAAGUUGGAGAAUCUGAUAGAACACCAAUUGCGGGCGGUACAAAUCAAGAUGGGUAUCGCGCUGCAGGCGCUACGAAAUCUUAUGGAGCACACGUCGGAAGAAUAUCAGGAGAAAAGUAAGGCUUUCCAGAGGAUCGACAAGUCACGCUUCGAACAGAUUGGAUCUCGAUUAUUUUACAUUGAGAGAAAAACCCCACUAAAUUGGUUUGAUGCAUACGACAAAUGUCGUCAAAUGGGCGGUCAUCUGGCGACUUUUUAUAAUGCCAGUGAGUUCAGUGGGGUCGUUACAAGAUUUGGAGCUAGCAAGUUCUGGAUUGAUAUCUACAACAUGGCAAGUUACCACGAGUUCGUAUCGUCGCUAACCGGCAGGGUGGCGCCAUAUUCUAAUUUCAAAACUGAUUCACAAUAUCAUGACAUUAAGUAG